AUGUCAACCAGCACGUUUGCAACCUCGGCCCGCGCGCUCCAGCACAUCAUUUCAACAGCCGGUGCCUCCCGCAGAGCGGCCACGAGCCCUAGCCGUCCGUCGUCUCUACGCUUCGCCGGCCGAGGAGGCGCGCCGCUGCAGGUCCCGAGCCUCCUUAUUAGGUCAUCCCGCUGCAAGCCGGACGUCUCAGCGGCGGUCGUCUACAGGGUGAAGCUGGUGACCCCGGGAGGGCGGGAAUACGAGCUGGAGGCGCCGGACGACGCCUACAUCCUCGACACGGCCGAGAGCGCCGGCAUGGAGCUGCCGUGCGCGUGCCGCGCCGGGGCGUGCUACAAAUGCGCCGGCAAGGUCGAGGCCGGCACGGUCCACCGGGCGGACGGGUCGCUCCUCCACGGCAGGCUGCAGGAGGAAGGCUACGUGCUCAUCUGCGUGUCGUGCCCCAGGUCCGACUGCGUCAUCCAUACCCACAAGGAGGAUGACCUUUGGUGA